GUUGUAAGCAAUGAGCUCAUCAUUUAGAUUUUAUUGAUCAUCAAGAAAAUAGUAUGAAAUUUUAAGACUAGGUCUUUAAUUUGACAAAGAGCAGAUAAUUAAUUAAAGAUAUUAUUCUAAUAAAAUGAAAGUUUAAAUCGCAUUAGUUCUUUUACUUGCAUUGGCAAGCGCUUAGACAGGAGGAUGGAAGAAAGUAUUAAUAAAUAUUAUGAUAGUAAAACACUGCAAUCUUCCAAGCAUCAAACUCUAACAUCAUCAAUGAAGCUUAGAUCGCUGUUUAAAACAAAUAUCAACCAGAGGAAUAAGGCUAUGAAUUUGAAUCAAUUGUUUCCGUUGAAACACAGAUUGUCUCUGGUACAAAUUACAAUGUAGUGUUGUAAUAUGGAAAUGAUGAGGGAUAGAUCUAAUAAUACGAUGUUAUUGUUUACUCAGCGUAUUUAUGAUUAUUAUAUAAAGCCCAUGGAAUGGAUAAGAUCAAAUCACUAAAUGUGAAUAAAUAAAUGGAUAGUCAGCUUCAUUCGCAUAAACUCAAACCAGCAGAACUCAAGUUGGAGGAUCACCUCAAGUUACAGUAACCAAACCAAGUUCAUUGAGAUUGAAAGUCAGAAGAUAAGAUAACGUUGAUAGUCAUGCUACCGGAACCUGGGAAAAAGUAACACUAUUCAAUUAUUUUAAAUUAGAUUAAUCCAGAAGUCUUUGAGUAGAGCAAUGACAGCAUCAUCAAUUAAGCCAACAUGGUGGUUGCCCAAUAAUACAACCCAUAAUAAUAGGGAUAUGAAUUCGACGAAGUGUUGGAGGUCUAAACUCAAAUGGUGUCUGGAACCAACUACAAUAUUAAAUUGUUGUAUACAAAUGGAGAAGGUUCAUAUUAGACCUAUGAUGUAUACCUCUACAUCUGGUAUAUAUUUUAUAUUUAUGUCAAGUCCUUGGAACCCCUCAGCAAAUUAAUCCAAGGCCACCUUAACAGGAACCUAUUCAGUCUGAUUUAUUCAUCGUUCAUCAAAAUAACAUUUAAAAUUAUAAAAAUA